CAUCGCAACCCAAGAGAGAGGAAAUAAUUACAUAUAUAAUUCUGUUCGUAUAUGCCACAGACAUUUUGAAGAAUAUUAUAAAUCACCGAGUAAACUUUUGACCAGAAAUGCAAUACCUACAUUGAAUUUGGACUUGUCACAAACUGUACAAGUAACUAUGCCAUUGGCUGAGCAAUUUGUUUUUGGAGAGGCAUCAGCAUCAACUCCAUUUAGAGACUUGACACAAAAUCCACAAAUAAAUGUGCCAUUGACACAAAGUCCACAAAUGACUAUGCCAUUGGCUGAGCAAUAUCUUGUUGGAGAUGAACCAGCAUCAGCAUCAAUUUCAUCAAGAGCCACUGAAAAAUGCUUUAAGAAGCGAGAAUCGAAUGCAAUCAAAAAGCUCACGCGAAAACUACAUGAAAUGCGCCAAAAGUGCAAAAUGCAAUCAAAAAAAAUUCGCCUUGCGAAAAAAUUGACUUUGUCAAAAUCAUUUCUUGCAACCAUAGAGAAAUUACCUGAUGCAGCACAAAUUUUUAUCAAGUUGCAGUUAAAAGGCACUAAGAAACCGAGAGGAAGACGAUACACCAGAAAUGAAAAAAUAAUGGCCUUGUCCAUCUACAAGCAAAGUCCUAAAGCGUAUAACCUUUUGAAAAAAAUGUUUAUAUUACCUUCAAAACGUUGUUUGCAAAAAAUUCAAUAUAUUCAUAAUGAGUUUAUUCCAAAUGAAACCUGGCAUCAAUGCUGA